AUGAACCAGUCUCUGGUGAGGACAGAUAGAGAAGAGAGCAUAGGGGGUAAGUCCAUCUCCAGGGACCCUCUCCCCCAGAAGAUGGGAGGUGCGAGGCAAGGUUCAACAGGUGUGAUUCUCUACAUCCUGCUCGUUGGAUACCCACCAUUCUGGGAUGAAGACCAACAUCGGCUUUAUCAGCAAAUUAAAGCUGGCGCUUAUGAUUUUCCUUCACCUGAGUGGGACACAGUGACCCCAGAGGCAAAAGAUCUUAUUAAUAAGAUGUUGACUAUUAACCCAUCCAAACGCAUUACUGCCGCAGAGGUACUCAAACAUCCAUGGAUUUCACAUCGCUCCACUGUUGCAUCUUGCAUGCAUAGACAGGAGACUGUUGAAUGUUUGAAGAAAUUCAACGCCAGAAGGAAACUUAAGGGUGCCAUUCUCACUACAAUGCUUGCCACCAGAAACUUUUCAGGAGGAAAAAGUGGGGUCAGCAAGAAGACAGAUGGUGUGAAGGAGUCAUCUGAGAGUACCAACACCACAAUUGAGGAUGAGGACACUAGAGUAAGGAAACAAGAAAUCAUCAAAGUAACUGAGCAGCUCAUUGAAGCCAUCAGCAACGGAGAUUUCGAGAAUUACACGAAGAUGUGCGAUCCCAGUGUAACAGCGUUUGAACCUGAGGCCCUGGGAAAUCUGGUGGAGGGGUUGGAUUUCCAUCGCUUCUACUUUGAAAACUGAAGAGGAAGAAACAAUAG